GAAAACCCGUUGGAUCCGUGUGAUAUACCCCGUUCGUUCUAUUCUACUCCUUUCCACAGAAACGACGCCGUUUCCCUUUCUGCUCUAUUACCGUGUGCGUCGUUGCGCUUCUGCGGCUGCCCUAUCCAAAUCGUCUGCCGUCGCACACUGCCACCAUCUUUCGUAGCUUCUCGUUUUCAGAAAAUGGAGGAGGAUCAAGAGAUGGAGAAAUUCGGAAUGGAGAACGAUUUUGACGGUGCUCAAUGGAUUGGUGGUGAGUUCUACUAUCGAAAGCGCAAAGAGAAACGAACUCAAACCAAAGACGAUGUUCUCUAUGGAGUUUUUGCAGAUUCUGAGGAUGAUGAUGAUGAUGACUACUCUUCUAGAAAACGAAAGAAAGAUUUCUCGAAGAAACAGGACCUUACUAAACCGGUGAAUUUCGUUUCUACUGGAAUUUUCAUGCCUGAUAAGGAUAAUAUUGAUGACAAUUCCAAAGAACUGGGUGAAAAGGAUAGUUAUGUUAGUGAAGAUAGGCCUGGUUUAGGUUUAGGUCUUGGUUUUGGGUCUGCUAGCACGUCGGGGUCUGGUUUAGGUUUUAAUUAUGGUCGUGGUGCUGCGAAUGGUUCUGAUAGGAAUAAUGAAUCUGAUGAGAAUGAAAAUGGUAAUGGAGAUGAUAAGUUUUUGCCUACUGAGUUUGGGAAGAAGAUUAAGGAGGGAGCAAUGAGGAGGGAGAAAGAACGAUUGGAGGAGAAGAAGAAGAAAGGGAAGAAGCAAGGACCGGGUGUAGGUCAGGAUGGAUCUGUGGAUGUUGGGAAAUUUGAGAAGCAUACAAAGGGAAUUGGAAUGAAGUUAUUGGAGAAAAUGGGUUAUAAAGGGGGUGGUCUUGGGAAGAAUGAGCAGGGGAUUUUGGCUCCUAUUGAGGCGAAAUUGAGGGCUAAGAAUUCUGGUAUUGGAUUUAAUGAAUCGAAGGAGAGUACGGCGCCGUUGCCCGCUUUGCAGACAGAGAAGAAGAGUGCACCUGGAGGAGGGGUGGAGCUUUCAGCUGGCAGAACGAAAGAACGUUCAUGGUUAAAGCAGUUGAAGAAGAUGAAGAAGAAAGAAGAGGAAGAGUAUGUAACUGCCGAGGAGUUGUUGGCAAGUAAGCAAGAAGAAGAUUCAGAGGUUGUUCAAAAGAUUUAUGAUAUGAGGGGACCACAGGUACGAGUGUUAACAAAUUUGUCUGAUUUGAAUGCUGAAGAGAAAGCAAAGGAAAGGGAUGUACCAAUGCCUGAACUUCAGCAUAAUGUAGCACUGAUAGUUAGGUUGGCUGAGGCUGACAUCCAAGAGAUUGAUAGAGAUUUGAGGAAAGAGAGGGAGACAGCACUUAGCUUGAAAAAAGAAAAAGAGAAGUUGGAAGCUGAAGCAGCACUUCAAAAGAAGCAGCUGGAUAAUUUGGAGAGAAUAACAAGUGUGCUGGCCCGAGUUGGAGAAGAGCACACCUUAGGAACAUUAACGUUGGAUUCCCUUGCUCAAUGCUUUAGGGACAUGCACAAAAGAUACGCGGAUGACUAUAAGUUGUGUAACUUGUCAUGCAUUGCUUGCUCAUAUGCUCUGCCUUUGUUUAUCAGAGUGUUCCAAGGAUGGGAUCCUCUUCGAAAUCCAUCCCAUGGUUUGGAGUUGGUGUCACAGUGGAAGGCAUUGCUUCAAGGAGAUGAUUGCCAUGAUAUAUGGGACAUAUCAUCGCCUUAUACUCACUUGGUUUCAGAGGUUGUAUUGCCAGCUGUUAGAAUAUCUGGUAUCAAUACCUGGCAUGCACGAGAUCCUGAGCCGAUGCUACGGUUCUUAGAGUCAUGGGAAAAAUUGCUCCCUUCUUCAGUUCUUGCUACUAUAUUAGACAAUAUAGUCAUGCCAAAACUAUCGAGUGCGGUAGAUACAUGGGAGCCACAUCGUGAGACCAUUCCUAUCCACACAUGGGUGCAUCCAUGGCUACCUCUGCUAGGGCACAAGUUGGAGGGUAUCUACCAGGUGAUUCGUUUCAAAUUGAGUACUGUUCUUGGCGCAUGGCACCCAAGUGAUGGUUCUGCGUAUGCUAUAUUGUCUCCUUGGAAGACUGUAUUUGAUUCUGCUAGUUGGGAACAACUUAUGCAUCGUUUUAUUGUACCGAAGCUGAAGGUUGUCUUGCAAGAGGACUUCCAAGUGAACCCGGCAAAUCAGAAUCUUGAUCAAUUUUAUUGGGUAAUGAACUGGGUUUCUGCUAUUCCAAUUCAUCUGAUGGUUGACACAAUGGAGAUCUUCUUUUCCAAGUGGCUUACGGUGUUGUAUCGUUGGUUGUGCUCAAAUCCUAACUUUGAAGAAGUUACUAAAUGGUAUUUGGGCUGGAAAGAACUUAUUCCAAAAGAUCUUUUGGCAAAUGAAAGUAUUCGAUACCAGCUCAAUUGUGGUCUUGAUAUGAUGAACCAGGCUGUGGAAGGUAUGGAGGUCGUGCAACCUGGUUUAAAGGAGAAAAUGAGCUAUCUUAGGGUACGCGAGCAGAGGCAAUUUGAGAAAGCAGCAGCCUAUGCUCAACAACAAGCUGCUGCAAGCUUGGGUGGAGCUGUCAAUGCAGAUGGUGUGGCUGGUGGUCAUGAAUUGAGCUUGAAAGAAGUCAUCGAGUCCUAUGCUCAGCAACAUGGUUUACUGUUCAAACUUAAACCUGGUAGAAUGCACAAUGGCCACCAAAUAUAUGGGUUUGGCAAUGUCAGCAUAAUAAUCGACUCUCUAAAUCAAAAGGUCUAUGCCCAAACAGAGGAAACAUGGUCUUUAGAAUCUCUUGAACGAUUGCUAGAGUUACAUAAUAAAUCCCUUAGUAAAAGACGCUGAGUUCUGUGUUGGCUAUGUGAAGUAGCAUCUCAGUUCUCAGGGGAUUUUUUAUGGCUUCUUAAAUUGAGCUUUAUGGCAGUGUUGGUACUAGAAUAUGGAAAGAAUGUCCUAGAGCAAAGGUUGUAGAGAUCUCGUGCUACUAAAAUCAAUAGUAACUAUACGAACCACAACAAAAGAGUUUAGGUCAAGUAUAACUUUAGUUCUUGUAAGCUUCAAACCUUGAAAUAGCAAGACAAUAAAUUGAAAAAACUUAAUUUCUUUUUGUGUUAGCUUAAGACUGUUUAUAAAAAUUAAGAAAA